CGAUCUGAUUCGUCGUUGUUUUCUUUGCGAGAGUCGUCGGGGGCGAGGCGGUGGGUGUGGUCGAUGCGUUUUUUUUAAGAGGUCAUUUCCGGUGGUUUUGUCUCGUUUCGAGAUCCAGAACGCCGCAUUGCGCGAAUGCGGUCUGAGUGAGUCGCGCGGGGCUUGAUUUUUAGAAUGGUACAGUGACGGAUCGCUUCGGCGUGCACGAGUCCGCGAAUGUUUAGGGCUUUCGCUCGGUGCCGCUUGGCUUGUCUAGGUCUUAAUCGUAAGGGUUCCGGCUGGUUUGCCGGUGGGGCUUGAUUGGGUGAUGCAUUGCGAAGGGGGUGUUUCGAGUGGGGCGGCGUCGCUUCUUUUGAGUGGCCGAGUGAGUUCUGACGGUUUUGGGGUGUUUGCGGGGUUUUUUUUUUUUUUGAGAGAGCGGUGAGGGGAGGAGGCGCAUUUUUCUUCGGCCGGUAUGGCAAGACAGCUCGUUUGAAUGGAUCAGGACAGAUCUUCAUCCGAGUCGUCGUUUUCGGUGUUGUGUGACAAGACGCUGGGGGUGGGGGUGGAGUUGGUGUCUUGGUGCAGGAACAUGGAUUUGGUAGCCGUGGUGACGGUCGACAACGUGGUGAUGGUGCACCGACUGAACUGGCAGAGGCUGUGGAGUGGCUCGAGCGAGAGCAAGGAGAGGAUAGUGCAGUUGGCGUGGAAGCCGGACGGGAGGUGGUUGGCGACGGGUUUUUCGGAUGGGAACUACGCAAUUUGGAGCGUGGAGAGCGGCAGGUUGAUCUACGGGACGUGGGGACAGGGUGCGAUGCGCAGGAGUGCGAGGUCGGGGGUGAGUUUGAUGGUGUGGUCGGAAUGCGCGGAGAACGGGGGAAAGAAGGAGGAGGAGUUAUUGGAAGGGGAGCGGUGGAUGAGGGACGGCGUGGUUAGCGACAGAAUGGCGUCGUUGUGGUGGUUAGAGGACAUUGACACGAGAGGAGAUAGGUUGUUUGGAGGCGCGGACGGUCAGGUGCGCGGAAAGGAGUUGUUUACGUCGAGUGAUGAGGGAGACGAAUCUUCGGUGACGCGUUUGGAGUCGCAGCAUCCUGAAAGGACGAAUUGGCUGUUGAUAGCGGAUUCGACUGGAUUGAUAGAAAUUUACAUGAAUGGAGUAUUGAAAGUUGCUGAAUUGAAAAAAUAUGUUGAAUCAGAAAAAAAAAAAAUUUCGGUUUUGUCCGCAGAAUGGACUUGCGAUUUGUCUUCGCUGGCGCUGGUUGUGUCCGUAGGCGAUGAGUCUUCACACGCCGUUUCGCUAGUGAUCUUGAAGUCGAAAGUCUUGCCGAGAAGUCACCGCGAGUUACUUGCCGUGUCUUGGCAGCUGAUUUUGUCAUCGAACUUGCAAUUUCGAAUCGGGUCCAUUAUAAGAAAAAUGGGGGAGGAAUGGGAGACGGCGAUUUCUCCGUACGAUUCGUUGUUGAACAAGCUCGAGUCCAACCUGCUGCCUGACGAAGGGAUUCGCGGUGGUUCGGCGGUGGAGAACAACUUUAUGAGGCUGUUGAUGCAGGGUCAAUUGUCUCCUUUGCUGGAGCAAUAUCUGUCUCAUUCUUGCCCGCCGAACCUUUUGAACCGCAUCUCCAAGGGAGUCGACGCCUCCUGCGACUCUCUGAUUUAUCUCGUGAACCAGCAUCUGUAUGCGACCGUAGAGCGCCUCGUUUUUCGCCUAAACGUCCUAGAGGGAUAUUGCAAACACAAAAGACUGUUCCUGGACGUCUCUCCUGACCCGGAGACCGCCAAGUCUCUGAACCAUUCUGCCGCUGCACUCUUGGCUUGCUGCGACGAGUUCGUCAACGCCCUGGUGCAGGCGAAACGGCUCUACGACGCGUUCUUCUCCUGGAUACUGGAAAAGGCAAAAAAACUCCACGGCGACCCCGAAGACGGCGGGCACAACGCAAUCAGACCGCACUCGGAACAGCUGGUGGGCGAGUACCUGCAAAGCGGACUUCUGGUCGACGUGAUCAAAUGCGCCAUCACUCGCGGAAACGACGCGUCGGUUCGCGAAACGCCGCGUUUCGACCGAGACUCCCUCGCUUUGCCUUCCUCCGGUGCGUCCCUCGAGGGUUUAUGGGAGCUGGUUGAGCGUCGAAUGGGCGAGUCGCUGGACUCCCUCGUGUCUUCUUUCUCCCGCACCUUUGGGUCGAUGCUGCGUUUUUCUGUCUUGACUAGUUUCGACGGCGUCGGCGACUCCUGUCGGUUCCAGCUGUUUUCCGACCCGGAAUCGGUUUACCCGACCUUGUCCUUCUUGGACGAGCGCUCCGGCCUGUGGCUGCUGCGCGUGGGGCCCGCCCCGGACGGCAGCGGCGAUGCGCACGUCGAGGUGUCUGGAUUGGAUUUCAGCGAACAGCCCUCGACGCUGGUGGAUUGCAGGCACUACCGAGGGCGCCAGUUCAUCUUCUUGUUCAGGAAGGCCGCUCAGGGAGCCAGAUGUUCGAGCGUCUUGUCGAAGGGCGAGCUUCCGGACGCUCCCUAUUACCCAGUCGACGUAGAACAGGUCAACUCGUCUUCCGGACUUGUCAACUUCUUCGAUGAAGUCGUCAUGGUCCGGCCGUUCGUCUCGGGCGACUCGGUGGCAGUGACGUCCAGCGACACAAUCGAACACUGCAACGCGUCUCGCGUGUGGAUUUCCGAGCAACGCGGCGUCGCCCUCCUCUUGUCCCAGCACAAACGAGUCAUCUUGUUGGACCUGGAGUCCGGAUAGAGAGAACGACGCGGCGCGCCGAAGAAAAGGAAAAAAACGAAUGAAAAACGCGACCUUUCAAAUGUGC